AAGCCGUUCACAGCUGUCUAUAGCGAAAAGCAAUUGAAGUGAAGACAUCUCUCGAGAUGCCCAAAGUUUCCCUCUUGUUGGCAUUUUAUGUCAUUUGCCUGUCUCCAUGCUUAACAAACGCUCUCGAGUGCUACGUCUGCAGCUACCUGCUCGGCCAGAGCGAUACCACCUGCCUAACGAAUGCCACCGCUGUGCGCGCCCUCAACUGCACCAAGAAGUACUGCCUUACAAUGCGGCAAGAAUCGAUUCAUAAUGGGAACAAAGUCAUUUCCUUUCUACGUGACUGCCAGGAUAAGCCGGUGAUCCUGAAUGGAGUUAAAUCGGACUCCUCGUUUCGCACCUACUACCGCUCCUGCCAGCAGAAUCUGUGCAAUGGCCACAACGGACGCGGCUACAACUCGAGUGGCAGCUUCACCAUCGCUGGUGGUGGUGGCUCGGCCGGAGCCGGUGGUGGCAAUCACAAUGCCAUUAUACCUGGCAAAAAUGGCAGCCUCGGUGCAGGAGACGACAUAUCUAGGCUGGUGUUGGUGCUGGCGCUGCUGCGGGUGCUGGUGUGGCUGCUCGGUGACUGUAAUUAGCAUAAAAUGGAUGCUUUGCAGUAUGACAAAAAAAGGACAAGCCAGAUUCUAAUCCUAAUGUCUGCCAGAGAUGAAAAUAAAAUGCCGCCAGCAGCCAAUUAAAACGCGUUUAGCUGCUGUCUGGGCACUUGGUUGAGCCUGUGGGUAGGCUGGCUCCGCGUCCAUUGCAAGACUCUAGACAGUUGAGGAGGUCAUCGGGCUGUAGCCUCCUCAACUAAACUUCCGCGUAGCGGACACAUGUUGACCGCAAUUCAAAAAUGUGGGCGGGGCAGACACGGCUCGGGGGCCUUCAAUUGCCAGCUCAUUAAAAUAAAAUUAAAUACGCGUUAAAAGCUAACAUAAAUUCCAGCUAAUGGCCAUAUUUUUGGUCUCUGUCAUGAUUCGACGACAUUUUUAUGUUAAUUUCUAGCGAGCCAAACAAAAACAACAUUCGACCAGCUGCAAAGAUUUCAAGUACACAAAUGCCAUGCUGGCAGGUGAAAACAAAAAUAAAGACAGCUCAACAACAAAUAUAUAUCCUUUUAAUUGCCCCCCAAACAGCGCUCUCUA